UCGAUCGGAAGUCGUGGUCCUUAAGGGAAAAGUGAGCCGUUCUCUUCAUGACACCUUUGCAUCUCCGCUCAAAGUAACGGCGCUGGGCCGCGGAUCGUCAAAGACUUCCCUUUUUUUCUGCUUUUUGUGUGUGUGUUUUCGUAUCGUAUUUUCAAAUGAAAGGAUACUGAUCUUUGCUCCAGGACAGUCAGUGAACGCCUCGUCACUGUGACAGGAUGCUGCGGGUGGCAGUGGUCGGCGCCGGGGCAGCCGGGCUCUGUGCUGCAAAACACAUCUUGUCCUCCCCAAGCAGCUUUGCCCCCCCAGUGGUGUUUGAGGCCACGGGCGGCGUUGGCGGGACCUGGUGCUACACGGAGCACGUGCACGAGGACGGGCGGCCCGUCUACAGCAGCAUGUACAGAGACCUCAGGACCAACCUGCCUAAGGAGGUCAUGAUGUUCCCCGACUUCCCCUUCGCCUCCCACCUCAGCAGCUUCCUGUCCCACCAGGAAGUUCUGAGGUACCUGGAGAGCUACUGCCAGAGCCACGGGGUCCAACCACACAUCCGGUUCAACACACUGGUGGAGCAGGUGAAACCUGUUGUCGUGACAACCGAGGGAGUGGAGGAGAAGACUGCGUGGGAAGUGACAUCAUCGGAUGCCUCGGGCCGUCGGAGCAUGGAGACGUUCGACGCGGUGUUGGUGUGCUCAGGGCACUACUCGGACCCCCACAUCCCGGAGCUGCCGGGGAUCGAACACUUUAAAGGUCAGCUGCUCCACAGCCACUCGUACAGGUACGCAGAGCCGUUCUCGGGUCAGUCUGUGGUGGUUCUAGGAGCCAAAGCCUCAGGUCUGGACAUCUCCAUCGAACUGGCCAAAGCUGGAGCUCGGGUGACGCUGAGCCACGGUAAUCCCCGCUUCACCUUUCCUCUUCCUGCCGGGAUCCAGCAGGCCAGCUCGGUGGUGGCGGUCGAGGACGAUGGCAGCCUUCGCUUCCAGGACGGCUCUCUGGGCCGGGCCGACGUCCUGAUGUUCUGUACCGGGUACAACUUCCGGUACCCGUUCCUCGACGCGGCUCAGCUGGGUCUAGAGGUCGAGGAUCACCUGGUGACGCCUCUUUACCGCUACAUGGUGCCCCCCGCCUUCCCCUCGCUCUUCUUCAUCGGCAUCUGUAAAAUCAUCUGCCCCUUCCCCAACUUCAACUGCCAGGUGCAGUUCGCCCUCGCUGUGUUGGACGGCUCCGUCACCUUACCAUCUCGUACACAGAUGGAGGACGAGGUUCGGGAGGACCUGCAUAGGAAGCUGGAUGGUGGAGUUCAGCGGCGCCACCUGCUGAAGAUGGACCAGAACCAGUGGCAGUACUGCGAGGAGCUGGCCCGCUCCGCCGGCUUCCCGCCUCUGCCUCCGGUGGUGCGCAGCCUGUACGAGGAAGUGUGGCGACAACGCCAGAUCCACCCUGAAAACUACCGGAAACUCAACUACAGGCUUGUCAGCGACACCGAGUGGGAGGCAGUGGACUGACCCGUGAGCCAAUGACAGAACAGCAGGUGCUUCUCUAAGCUUCUGGGUGGGAGGGGCUUUUUGUGAAUUUACACUCGAAGAUCACAGAAACAUCAAACCUCUUUCUGCUCUGAAAAGAGGAGCCCUUCUGACCAAGCCCCUUCUACUGUUGUGCCAUCUUGUGGCUGUCGUGAGAACUGCGGCUGCCGAGGUUGCAAACCCUAAACUCUUCCUUAAACAUUUAGUCAUCCUCAUCAUCAUAAAAUGAUUUCUAGUGAUUUAUUUUUUUAUUUUUCCAACAUUCAAUCACGCACUUUAAGUCCUUUAACUGUUUUUAUUUUUACAUCUGCCUUACUUUCAAGUAAUAAAAAAUAAUAAACUUUUAUUAUUUCAAAAUGGUGCUAGAAUAUUCUGAAAAAGUGUUGCCAAAAUGUUUGAAUUGUGUCAUCAAAUUAAAAAAUAUUUCAAAUAAUGGGGGCAGGGGGAGUGAGGUGUCCGCAGAAGUACAAAUCUCCACAAGAGGGAACCUUGUUUUUCUGACACAACUUAAAAAUGUCCCAAAGCUGUUAUUUUUACAACAAGAAUAAAAUCUUCCAGUA